AUGAUGGACACUAGAAGCCACUCUAAUCCACCAGACACAUUUCCCGUCUUCUCUGAUUCUACCCACUUACCACUACCCAGGUCCUUCUAUCUGGACCCCAUGGUCACUUUCCACUUGUACCCUGAGGCCCAGGUGCCUUCUGCUUACUCCGAAGAGCUGCCACUGCUGCCUUUUCCCAGUGACUCCCUGAUCGUGGAAAAUUAUGGUGAACCUUACCCCUUCCCUUUCCCAACGCCUUACCCCAAUUACAGAAGGUGCGACUACUCCUGUGGGCCGGCCUUUAUCAGGAAAAGGAAUGAGCGGGAACGGCAGCGCGUGAAGUGCGUCAACGAAGGCUACGCCCAGCUCCGGCAUCAUCUGCCGGAGGAGUAUCUGGAGAAGCGGCUCAGCAAAGUGGAAACUCUCCGAGCUGCAAUCAAAUACAUUAACUACCUCCAAUCUCUUCUGCACCCUGAGAAGGCUGAGACCAAGAAUAACCCUGGGAAGGGCUCUUCCCUAAUAACCGCCAGCCUCCGUGCUGACCCGAUUUUUAGAAUUGCUUGAGUCAGCAUUUCCAACAGAAAGAAAUAAUUUCGCCGAAUGAGGUCUCAGGUU